CUGAGAGUAAGAACUUCAUUGUAUCGUGUAACGAACAGUUUACUGUUCAUAUGACAAUAAACUCUUGAACUUGACCCCACUGAAAACAACGGAAACAGUAAGUUCGAACUGUACAACAUGUAAAGAAUAAGCAGGUGCUCUAUAAUUUCUUUGGAAUAUGACUGUAAAAUCUAACAUAAAAAAGGAGAAAAGAAUGUAAUCAGAGUCGUAUGGGUGCAAGUUUACAAUGCUGUGUUUUGGUGGUGUCGUGUUGUAUCGUUGUUUGCUUCUGGUGUUCACAUAACGGGAAAGAAAAAAAAAAACACUGACUUCAGAUCAGGAAUGAAAAGGCCAAGUUCCUUGUAAAGGAGCCAGGAGCCAGCGCUGCACUGGAAACAGUGUGAGCUGUUACGUAACGGAGGGAUAAUAAAUACACAGUGAUCCUGGAAAGUACACUGUGUGUACGGGUGAGGAACAUGACAGCGCCGCACAGCAUUCCGGCCCGUCCGCUCUAAAUGCGCCCUUGGCCCGACAGAGUAUUCGGGAAAGCAGCUGUUUUGCUCGUCAGAAUACUGUCAACUGCCGAAGACACGGUGUCUCCGGCCAGGAGGGAGCUAUAAAAACUCCCGACUCCGAGAGAGAUUCACUGCUUGGUCCGACCUUCACGGAACGCUGUCGGAACGGAAUAUCCCGGCUGAGGGAUGGACUUUGAGCUGCCACCAUCUUUUCCUUCCUCUGGUAUUUCCUGGGAGAGGGUCCUGGCUCCUCUGCUGCCUGGGCCCCGUGGCACCUUGGGCCCCUACAGCUGGAGCCCUUCGGACCUAAUCAUUCCAGCUACUGAGCCUUCUGGCUCCGCACGGGUGGUGUGUGACCAAAGUGGCUUCACAGUGCAGAUGGAUGUGAAGCACUUCAGCCCUGAGGAGCUGGUGGUCAAGGUGACUGGACACUUUGUGGAAGUGCAUGGGAAACACGAACAAAGGAAGGAUGGGCCAGGACUGGUGUCACGUCAGUUUAACAGGAGGUACCGUAUCCCAGAAGGAGUAGAUAUAACAGCAGUGGAGUCUGCCAUCUCUCCUGAAGGAAUUCUAAUGAUCUUUGCCCCAUUACUUCAGGGAGAAAGUUCUCAGCCUCUAAUUAAUAACGGGCCUUAAAUUGCAUUUCCAAAUAAGUGGAAUGGCGUAAAAAUGCACACUUUUUUUACAUGGAAUGAUUGUUACCUUUACAAAGUAAUCAUGGUGUAGUUUUUCAAAGUGUGAAAUUUCAAAAUUCAAGAUAAUAUUUUCAGUUUUAAUUGGUUCAUUGAAAUACGGUUUUCUGACCAGAGAUAGUUGGCAAUUUCAAUAGCAGCAGUUUGGAUUUGACACAAGUAAAAAAAAUUAGGAUUAUGCUCAAGGAUGGGUAAACAUGGGAUAUUUGAAAUUAGGAUCAUGAAAACAUCACUGUAAUAUAAACUAAUAGAAAAAUCGAGUUUUAGCAAAACUAUUGUGUCCAUGUAUUGUUAUGGUCAAUUCCAGCCUGAUAUUCUUUACAAAAAAAAAAAAAAA